AGUCCUUUUCCCCUUCUGAGCCUUCUCUCUCUCUCUUUCUCUCUCUCUCUCUGAUCCAUUUUCUUUUUCAGCCAAGCCAAGAGGUGGGUUUUGCUCAACUUCCAGUCUUUCUAGCUCAAGACUAAAUAUUCCUCUGUUUCAUCCUCUGUUUUGUCAUUUAGCAUAUCAUAGAGUGAAGCAAACCAUGUCUUUGAGUGGUGCUAAUUCGUACGGCUUGAGUUUCCUCCAGGCUCUUGCCGACAAUUCCCAGUAUAGCAAAGAAAACGAAACCGAAAAUGGCAAAGUAUACGUACACCCUCAUGUUAAGCGCUCAUCCUUGAGGCUAAGCGAAGAAAGCCUUCGAAUGUGCACCGAAAGCUUGGGCAGCGAGACAGGGAGUGCUUGCACUGAAAUCAGCAUCGAUGAAAUUGCUUUGUUUUCAGUAGUUAGCGAGAAUGGUCAGUCGAAGCAGGCCUCAAAAUUGCAUGGAUUUCGGGUGUCGAAGAAGAAGUUGAAUCAUCCCUGGAGUUUUCCACCACCCUUGAAAUCCAUAAGUUGCUCGAGUGGUGUACGAGUUAAAUCUCACCGGGAAGGAGGUAGGCUUGUUCUGAAAGCUUUUACAGUCCCUUCUUGUCGUGGCCUGUUUCAUGCUGAGCGUGGGGAUGGAAGACUUAGGAUUCGGAUGGUUCGAGAUGAAGGAAUUGGUGAGGAUGGCGAUGAGGAAGUUGCUCAAGAAGCGGAACCUGAAACAGAAGAUGCUGAAGAAGAAUUGGAAGAAGCAGAAGUUGGGGAAGAUAGAGAUAUUGGGGAUGAGAAUGACGAGAAGAUGUACUGGUGCGAGGAGGAAGAGAGAAAUGGAAUUACUGUAGGUUUUGGGGCUGAAACGACCAUAGGGAGACUUCCCAGGCCAAGCAGGUGCAUGGAAGGUGGGCGUGGGAACAAAGCUUUACAGUAUUUGGAGCCAUUCUGGAUGGCUGCUUAUAAGCUCUCUGUCUGAAAGAGAUCACUAUGAUCUUUCUUUUUGGGUACCUUGUUUUUAGGUCAAUUGUCAUAGUUUUGAGUUCUCGUGCAUUAGGUUUCUCAGAAUAAGUUAAUGCUACAUGUUAUCUUUAAAAUAAAA